ACUAGAGAGAUCAUUUAGUUGGGGAGUCUCUCAAUUGCCCAAUUUGAAUCUGCUAAGAAAACUAAUGAGGGAGAUGUUAGGAAUAGCUUUGCACCUCUGCUUAUGGAUGAAGGUGGGAGCAGUGGAGGGGGAUCACUUGAUCUGGAGAAGAUAAAGGAAGCUGAUGAGGAACUUUCUAGAAAAUUAGCUUUAAUUGAGAAAGAAAAAAGGUCCUAGCUGACUUAAUUCUUGCAAAAGAGAAUAUGGUUUUAGAGGUGGAAGAUCAUAAAGCUCAACUUGCUACCACCAGUAAAAAAUUGCUGGAGACACAAAAGCUGAUUGAGAUCCAUAAAGAUUAUGGAGUGGGUGGGAGCCAAAACUCUCAAGAGGAAAGUGAGAAACAAGUGGAUUAUACUACCAGUCAGGAGAAAGAGAUGGAUGAAUUUGAUCUGGAAGAAGUUGAGGAGGUACCAGAGGUGGAGGAUACAAAUGACAAGGGGGUGGUUCCUAACCCAAGAAGAUGUGGAAGACUGAAAGGGAAAGAACACAAGAAAGUGGAGGACUUGGCUAUUGAAAGAGCUCAGGCCAAGAACAAUGCGGGGCAAGACAAAGGAAGCAAGUCGAAAUCUGCUUCAGUGGGGGAUUAAGCUCAUUGAACAGGUGCCGCGAGAAGUUUUUGAGGCAGUGAGGGCAUGGAAUCCACUACAACGACGCUUGGAGUGGUGCGACUAGUUGAAUCUGAC